AUGAGUGCUGAAAUUCACCACUACAGUCCAUAUUCAUAUGGCGGUCAACAGAUACCUGGUGGAGAUGUCACUCCUAUCGUUUACAGUUCUGCAUCUGGAACAUAUGCUGCUCCAGUAGCCAGAGGUGCGGAGUCAGCACAUCACGAUAAUCCAUCGAAACGAAUUCCGUGUUGCUGCGAAGUCUUCCGCCAGGCGACUGGUUCAGUAUCCCAUGGCGAUGACCAUCACCACCACCACCACCACCACCACCACCAUUACCACAAUUAUCAUCAUCCUCAUCAUCAUCAUCCUCACCAUCAUCAUCAUGAUCAGAAACAUUACCCAGAGUACUACGGGCAGUAUGGGGAAGGGACUGAAGGACAAUUGCCACCGCAAUACCGUUCUUCGUCUCGCCGCUGCUAUUGUUGUGUACCAGAGCAGGAAGAAUUACAAGAGUGUGAACGUUUGGCAAAGGAAAAGCGGUACCAGUCGCUGCGUGCAGAGCGGGAGCAACUAAAGACUGCUUUGUAUGAUGACUUAUGGAAAGGUGAGGCGCAGCGUCGUUCUCGCGGACCAAGUUAUCGAUAUCGGUCUAACACAGCUGAUCUUCUUCGUUACUCACAAGGGACAUUCUACCAGCAAGCUGUGGCGAUGGAGCAAGAUCGUCGGCGGCAGCAGUUACGAAGGGAAAUUGAGGAGAGGCGACGGGAACUUAAUGUGCGUACACGCAUGAGUUACCCGACUUUUACCUCCACACCAAUUUCAUCAGCGCCACGUAUGAUGAUGUCUCGGCAAAAUGUACGUCCUCUUACAUCUACACGUAAUCCUGUGGUUGUCUGUACCACUGAAAAUUUGAAAAGGCAUAAUACUUAUUCUCACCGUAACCAACAGAAUGUCGGUGGAAUCUCAGCAAGAGUACUAACAACGGGGACUAAUACGGGUUGCAGUACUCCACAUGCUCAUGUGCGGAGGCAACAGAGGAGCUCUGUGCAGACAGUUAACAAAGGCAAUAAUCCCACCGGAGAACAAACAGCGGCAGCAGGCGUAGAAGCCCCAGAGCCUGAACGAAGUGGCACCGAGACUGAUGCAGGGAUGCGACAUACCGCAGUUCAGAACUGCGAAGGUAAAAAAAAGUGGCGAUCUUCACCGCCAUCACCACGAGGUGACGCUCGUAAUAAAGGCCAUUGUUGCUGUUGCUGUUGCUGCCACGUUUGUCAGCCAUGUGCACCUUGGAUGAGAUCCAACGCGGCACAUUCUGCAGGUGUGGUGCCUGCUGCUAAACAGGCGACGGUUGCACCACAACCACAACUGCAGCCAAAGCCACAACCACAACCAAAGCCACAGUCACCCAAACCUAUAAUAUCAAAGAAGAAAGAGGAAACAACGGCACCUACACGGACUGUUUCAAUGGAACGAAGUUCUGCUUCACCAGUUUCCCAGUCUCAACUUACUGUGGUGGAACACGGUCGAAAGGUUUACAUAACUGAUGAUGUGUACUUGUAUCGUCGCUCACAAGUUAUUGAACGAUUGGAGCAGGAUGGGUUUGUACGACGCCUGAAUCCCACUAACCGCAGUCCGAGUGCUCCACUUCCGGAGAAAACACGUAAGUGGACAACAACGCGCAGCACAAGCGCCCACCGCGUGUGUGUAUAG